AUGCUCGAAGAUGUCAUGAGAAAUCGGAAAGUCUGUGUUCCCGAGAAUCAACUCCCUGCAAGGUUUUUCACUGGGAAAACAUCGUCCUCGACGAUUUUUGUUGAAAGUUUCCACGACGAAAAAGUGCCCGACGCGCUAGAAUACGACCCCAGUCGUUAUCAAACAAUUUACGAGUAUGAUCCUCGAGAAGUCCGCGAUUUGGAUUUCCUGCAACUAUCGAAAAGUUGGGACGAUAAAAGAAAUGAUAAUGCAAGAAGAGCUCUGCAUCGUUGUCCCCUUGACGCGAAACCUUGGUGCGGCAUUGACUUGCUGCGGGCGUUCUCGCAUAGAAAAUGGGUUUGCUCAACUUUGUUGAGCGACGAGAAGAGUAUUGUCCGCUUAAACUUCGCUGUGAUCCUUGUUCUUGAUAUAGCGUUGGGCAUUCUUCUCAGAAAUUUAAUCACUGCAAGCGUUUUCGACUCGUCGCUGGCAACUCAAGUCGACGAAGGUGCACUACAACUGGCUGAGGGUCUGGAGUGGAUUUCAAAAAAUCCUGGAGGACUGAAGAUUAACCCGAAAAUGGCGUUUUUGAUUUCAAAGUUUUGCUAUCACCACGUUCAGAUCUGGCAAGGCUAUUGUCAGAUGAUCAUUGAUUAUAGCGGCUGGUUUGUAUCAGGCUUAGUCAUGCAAGACGACGACGAAGAUGUUGAAGAGAUCUGCACGCCUGACGUGUCAUCUGAUAUGCCGUCCUCAUCGCAUGUGAACCUCCACGCCGGUGCUUUCUCGGCGAACAAACUUUUCAACAUGGUUGACAGGCCCAAGAAAAGAGGAAGACCGAGAAAGUACACUAACAUUGGAUCCUUUUGCGAAGAUGACCCAACAGCAGCAUCUACCUCUAAUAAAUAUAGCGCUGGAAUCAAAGUUGAAAUCGGUGCAAGGCCAUUUGCUGCUUUACCGCCCGAACGCGUUCGCCCUUUGCCAACACUGAAAAAAGAGUCAGAAAACACAACGCUCAAUACCUACUGGCAGUUCGUGAAUAAAUCCAAUUCACUUCUAAUGGACUCUGAUAUUUUAAAUUGUCCUGAAGAACAAGUUUCUCGGCCUCCGCCGACUCUUUCAAUCAAUCUUUUAAAUCCGGACGGAACGAAAAAGAGCGAGGAGGAAAUCAAAAGGGAGGCGAACUUACAAGAUUUCCGCGUGAAGAUAGAUCGCUGUCCCACAACGCAGCGUGGAAUCAAUAAAAUACUCAAUCUUCACCUGGCGGAAUUAAAUUCCAAAAAACAGGUCAAGACUCGUUCGACUGCUAUUCAAUCAAAAAAGUAUACAACAAGUGGAGUUGAGCAAUCGCCUGGCAAAGGAUAUUUGCGCUGCUCAAAUUGCAAAAAAUGGUUCAGUGAUGAACAGACCUUGCAAGAGCAUUCAAAAGAUCUAAUACAGUGCAAUAUUUGUAUACGAUCGUUGCCAGUUGGAUAUAACAACUAUGAAAGGCCAUUCUUCUGUACUAAGCAAGAAUUACAAUUGCAUUUCCGAGGAAAACAUACAAAACAGUACUUGGAGAUGGUGGCGGCUAAGACCGGCCGUCCAGCCGGCAAAGUAGUACAACUUGGCCGACAUAACUCUGCAAAACCCGAUCUGAAUAUUUGGGUGGACGGAAAAGCUUCUAAAAUCGGGCCCGACGCAGAAGCACUCAUCAAUGAUCCCUUACCUACAAACCACUUUUCUGUAAACAAUCCUCCAUCGAAUCUAUCAACCUGUAAUUUUCGCGACGCCACUUUCAAAGGAAAUAAUUUCAAAGUUCAUCAUGCACCUGAAGGAGGCUGGAAGCAAGGCCAAAAAAUGCCGUACUCAUCGACGACGCGGAACGGACGCUUUAGUGCAAACGUGGUUCGAAAGCAAGCGAAGUCUAGCGUGAAGGCAGAGCCACUUCCUGGCCCGGUUAUUCCCGUUCCUGAGGAAGACGUCUGUACUAUCACGGAAAUGGACGACGAGUCAGGCGAAUUGAAUGAUAAGCUCGAAGAAGUAGUCGCGAAGAAAGCGAGGACGAAUGAAACUGUAAAUAACUCGCUCACUGUUAGUAACAAGCGGAUCAAGCCUCCCGUGGCGAUCAUGACGAAGCCGAUCAACUUUGGAAAGUUGAAUGGAAUCAAGCUCAAUGGAAAACUAAUAAGUGGCACUCCCCUGCAAUCAUUCAAAGUGAAAGUCAACAAAACAACCCCCGAUUCUCUGUAA